CGUGCCGCCGCCGUCGCUGCCGCCUCCGCUACCGCUAGUGGAAGAAGAUGGCGGAAGGCGGAGCGGCGGAUCUGGACACCCAGCGUUCUGACAUCGCGACGCUGCUCAAAACCUCGCUCCGGAAAGGGGACACCUGGUACCUAGUUGAUAGUCGCUGGUUCAAACAGUGGAAAAAAUAUGUUGGCUUUGACAGUUGGGACAAGUACCAGAUGGGAGAUCAAAAUGUAUAUCCUGGACCCAUUGAUAAUUCUGGACUUCUGAAAGAUGGUGAUGCCCAGUCACUGAAGGAACAUCUUAUUGAUGAACUAGAUUAUAUACUGUUGCCAACUGAGGGCUGGAAUAAACUUGUCAGCUGGUAUACAUUGAUGGAAGGUCAGGAGCCAAUAGCACGAAAGGUGGUGGAACAGGGUAUGUUUGUAAAGCACUGCAAAGUAGAGGUGUAUCUCACAGAAUUGAAGCUCUGUGAAAAUGGAAACAUGAACAAUGUUGUAACUCGAAGAUUUAGCAAAGCUGACACAAUAGAUACAAUUGAAAAAGAAAUAAGAAAAAUCUUCAGUAUUCCAGAUGAAAAGGAGACCAGAUUGUGGAACAAAUACAUGAGUAAUACAUUUGAACCUCUGAACAAGCCAGACAGCACCAUUCAGGAUGCUGGUUUAUACCAAGGACAGGUGUUAGUAAUAGAACAGAAAAAUGAAGAUGGAACAUGGCCCAGGGGUCCUUCUACUCCUAAGUCCCCAGGUGCAUCCAAUUUUUCAACUUUACCAAAGAUCUCUCCUUCAUCUCUAUCAAAUAAUUAUAACAACAUCAACAACAGAAAUGUGAAAAACUCAAAUUAUUGUCUCCCAUCAUAUACUGCUUAUAAGAACUAUGAUUAUUCAGAACCUGGAAGAAACAAUGAACAACCAGGCCUCUGUGGCCUAAGUAACUUGGGAAAUACGUGUUUCAUGAACUCAGCUAUUCAGUGUUUGAGCAACACACCUCCACUUACUGAAUAUUUCCUCAAUGAUAAGUACCAAGAAGAACUGAAUUUUGACAAUCCUUUAGGAAUGAGAGGUGAAAUAGCUAAAUCUUAUGCUGAACUGAUCAAGCAAAUGUGGUCUGGAAAGUUCAGCUAUGUGACCCCAAGAGCCUUUAAGACACAAGUAGGACGUUUUGCACCUCAGUUCUCUGGAUAUCAGCAGCAAGACUGUCAAGAACUAUUAGCUUUCCUGUUAGAUGGAUUACAUGAGGAUUUGAAUAGAAUUAGGAAAAAACCAUAUAUACAAUUAAAAGAUGCUGAUGGAAGACCAGAUAAGGUGGUUGCAGAAGAAGCCUGGGAAAAUCAUUUAAAACGAAAUGAUUCUAUCAUAGUAGAUAUAUUUCAUGGCCUAUUCAAAUCAACUUUAGUUUGUCCUGAGUGUGCUAAGAUUUCUGUAACAUUUGAUCCUUUUUGUUACUUGACACUUCCAUUGCCCAUGAAAAAAGAACGAACCUUGGAAGUUUAUUUAGUUAGAAUGGAUCCGCUUGCUAAGCCUAUGCAGUACAAAGUGGUUGUCCCCAAAAUUGGAAACAUAGUAGAUCUGUGUGCAGCACUGUCUGCCUUGUCAGGCGUUCCUGCAGAUAAGAUGAUAGUUACUGAUAUAUACAAUCACAGAUUUCACAGAAUAUUCGCCAUGGAUGAAAACCUUAGUAGUAUUAUGGAACGGGAUGAUAUUUAUGUGUUUGAAAUUAAUAUCAAUAGGACAGAAGAUACAGAGCAUGUGAUUAUUCCUGUUUGCCUAAGAGAAAAAUUCAGACACUCAAGUUAUACCCACCAUACUGGGUCUUCACUUUUUGGUCAGCCUUUUCUCAUGGCUGUACCACGAAACAAUACUGAAGAUAAACUUUAUAAUCUCUUGCUUUUGAGGAUGUGCCGAUAUGUCAAAAUAUCUACUGAAACUGAAGAGACUGAGGGACCCCCACACUGCUGUAAGGACCAGAAUAUUAAUGGGAAUGGCCCAAACGGCAUACACGAGGAAGGCUCACCAAGUGAAAUGGAAACGGAUGAGCCAGAUGAUGAAUCCAGCCAGGAUCAAGAACUUCCCUCAGAGAAUGAGAAUAGUCAGUCUGAAGAUUCAGUUGGGGGAGAUAAUGAUUCUGAAAAUGGAUUAUGUACUGAGGAAACUUGCAAAGGUCAACUCACCGGACACAGAAAACGACUGUUUACAUUCCAGUUCAACAACUUAGGCAAUACUGACAUCAACUACAUCAAAGACGAUACCAGGCAUAUACGAUUUGAUGAUAGGCAGCUGAGGCUAGAUGAAAGAUCUUUUCUUGCUUUGGAUUGGGAUCCUGAAUUGAAAAAAAGAUACUUUGAUGAAAAUGCUGCUGAAGAUUUUGAAAAACAUGAAAGUGUGGAAUAUAAACCUCCAAAAAAACCCUUCGUGAAAUUAAAAGAUUGCAUUGAGCUUUUUACAACAAAAGAAAAGCUAGGUGCUGAAGAUCCCUGGUAUUGUCCUAAUUGUAAAGAACAUCAGCAAGCCACAAAGAAAUUGGACUUAUGGUCCCUCCCUCCAGUACUUGUGGUACAUCUCAAGCGAUUUUCUUACAGUCGAUACAUGAGAGACAAAUUGGAUACCUUAGUUGAUUUUCCUAUCAAUGACUUGGAUAUGUCGGAAUUCUUAAUUAAUCCAAAUGCAGGUCCUUGCCGCUAUAAUUUGAUCGCUGUUUCCAACCACUAUGGAGGGAUGGGAGGAGGACAUUAUACUGCUUUUGCAAAAAAUAAAGAUGAUGGAAAAUGGUACUAUUUUGAUGACAGUAGUGUUUCCACUGCAUCUGAAGAGCAAAUUGUGUCCAAAGCAGCUUAUGUCCUCUUCUACCAGAGACAAGACACUUUCAGUGGAACUGGCUUUUUUUCUCUUGACCGGGAAACUAAAGGUGCUUCAGCUGCCACUGGCGUCCCAUUAGAAAGUGAUGAAGAUAGCAAUGACAAUGACAAUGAUAUGGAAAACGAGAACUGUAUGCACACUAACUGAAGAAAGUCUAGAAGCCAUAAAAGAGACUUUCCUGCUGUGGUGUCUAUGGGAUGCUGAAGUUACCCACCACAUUAAAACACAAGUCUGAGAUGGGGAGUUUCAGAUAACCGAAUGUAAAUCCUUUAUCAGAUUUUAACUUGUGCAGUACUUGAAGUGAAACACAAUGAAAACUUUAACAGAAAUUGUCUCUUACUACAUUUACAGUCUUGUAUUUACAAGCUAAAUAUAUAUAGGAAAUCACAAAUAAAUCCCUUUUAAGUUUG